UAAGGUGGUAGAUUGGUACACAUAGCGCCAUAUCACGGGAUCUAGAAACCACACGGGGAGUGUUCAUUUGGGAUUUUACAACAAUCGUUACGGCCCAAUCGGCCGAAACGGUGUCGACCACUUGGUUCCAAUUGUUAAGAGCAAGGUGAUGCUCCGCCACAUACGGCACCCUUGAGGACAACUUGAGUGUGGGAAGGUAAGACAUCCUACAACAUGCUCUUUCUCAUCCUGUUCGUAUUUAUUGGCAUAAAGCUCGUGUCAUGUUGCCGAAAAUACAGCAAGGACCUGGAAGAAGAACACGAGGAGUUAACCUUUGCCAAGGUCACUUCGAAAAAUUGGUUCAAGGUUCUGGUCUUCUUGCGCAUGGUCCUGUUCGUCGUCUGCUGUGUCCUCGGGUAUUACUUCAGCUACGGCUUUGGUGACGGGGACAAAUGGGCAGACGAGGCAGUCGAGAGCUGGGACGAACAUUUCGAAGGAUUCCAUCAACAUGCAAUCAACAUCACACUUCCAAUGGACUGUCAGGCCGAGUUUCAGGCAACAAUCGCUGAAAAUCUUGCAUUCGUCGAAAAUUACUCUUUAGGCAUCAACGACGAAUGUUUGGGAAAUCUAUCACUGGAUGCAGACGGAAUAGCAAGACUAACAAAGUCACCAGGUGGCUUCUCGAUAAAAUCAAUCGGAAGGAAGAUGGAUAAACCUUUAAAAUAUCCAAUUUUGGUGACUGCGGUAACGGAACUUUCCUUUCUCGAAAUAAUUGGUCUUAUUGAAAACAUUAAAACAGUUUUGCACAAAGCAUUUCCCAAAAUGGAGGCUGUAAUAUUUGAUUUCGGAUUAUCAGUUGAACACCAUGAACAAAUUGUCAGCAAUUGUAGUUUCUGUGAUGUUCAGAGCUACCCAGCGGAACAACUUGACGCCUGCGAAGCAAAUAUAGAGAAACCUAAUGCUACUUUUGCACAAGCACCUGGGAAGAGAAGAUACGAAAGCAUUUACAAACCAGCUCUUAUUCAGGUUGUCCUCCAACAUCACGACUUUGUCAUGUGGAUAAAUGAAAGCAUCCGCUUCGAUACAUCUUCUUCGUUCAAGAAAAUAGUCAAGGGAAUUAAAGGCAAGUCAAUACAAUUGCCGAUGAGCGAGGAGACCAUUGAAGAACGUGGCAUCAAUGAGGACAUGUUUGCUGUAUUAGAUGAAGAACCCUGUUUGUACCAGCAGCAGAACGUCCUGGACACCAAACUGAUGUUGAUUAGACGGAAUAACUUCACAGUGUAUGCCGUUAUGAGACCCUGGGUUGCAUCAGCGUUCACAUACAUGUCUCUUCCACAGAGGCAAAAGAAGAACGGAACAACCAAAAACGACGAUAAGGCAGAUAGUUCCCUACUGAGCAUAAUUCUAUCUCGGCUGUUCAGCAUGAGGAAGCAGAUCUUUCUUUUCGAUUUCCCGGGUACAUAUGAUGAAAGUCUACCAGACGACAGCAAAAAAGGCGGCGAUAUCAUAGUUCCAAACAAAAUGUUCGAAAUACCGGUGGAUGACAUUAGAAACAGCGACUUGGAAAUUGUCGCCAUUGGAAACGACAUUAAUUCGAAGCAUCCAAAAGCUCAUGUUACGAUAGAAGGUUUCCAAAAUGAAAACCAUAGUGGUACAAUUCAAUACAAUUGAACCCAUUGAAGUGAAAACUUGUAACCUCUUCUCCAAUAUUUUUGCCCAAGUGAAUACACUGGAUUCAUUCAUUUGUUAGAUAUAUAUGUUAAACAAAACUAUUUAUUGAAAUUAUUUAUAUUCAGGAUC